AUAGGAUUGUACUCAACACUCUAACCACUCCUCACUUCAGAAACGUAACCUUCUGAAACUUUUCCAAUGGCAAAAACAAAACAACUUCUGUCACCACUCCUUGAAGAACCACUCUCCGCUUCUUCCUCCGAGGAAGAUUCAUCGGAAGAUAUUCUUCCGAAGAAGAAGCUGAUACUUCAAUCCAAAAACCCUCCACCUCUUGCUUCCAAAAACCCUAAACCACCAUCAUCUUCUGAAUCCGAAUCUUGGUCAGAGUCUGAAUCCGAAACCGAUUCUGAUUCGGAACCGGAACCCACUCCACCUGUAAAACCACUUGCAUCGCCGUUGAAGAUUCUAACCACUCCUUCACCGGCUAAAGCUGGAACCAAGCGUGCUAUUGAGUUUCAAACCACUGGAACCAAGCGUGCGGCUGAUAACAACGGCACUGACUCUGACUCUUCUAAACGUUUGAAGAAGAAAGAAAACAAAACCGAACGUCGUGGUUCCAAUGACGAGAAGGAAGCGGCGAGAGACUCUGUCAAAAAGGUGUCGGCUCAGAGACUCUUCAGCGAGGAAGACGAACUCGCCAUUCUGAAAGGUCUAGCUGAUUUCAUUUCAACUAAAAAUGAUCCUUUGGAAAACACACAAGCAUUUUACAAUUUUGUGAAGAACUCUAUUCGAGCUGACGCAAACAAGCGUCAACUUAGGCGUAAGGUUCUUGCUCUGAAGAAAAAGUUUGAAAGAAAUGAUGAAAAUUUCACCAAAGAACAUGAUCAGAAAGCUUUUGAACUUUUCAAGAAGAUUGGGUUUAAAAAACAGAGAACACCGAAAAAGGGCUUGGGUUCGGAUUCUCUUUCUGCAAAGAACGAAGGUGCUGUGAAAAAUGUUAAAAACAGUUUGGCUUUUAAGGAAAUGUCUAAGUUUGGUAAUUGUUUCGGGUUGUCUUUGGAUGCUAUGGAAAAGGGAAUGGAAUUGAUGGGAGAAUCAAAAAAUGCUAUGUUAGAAGAAAAAUGGAAGAAGGUUCAGAUUGUUGAGAUGAAGUUGCUUAUGACUCGAGCGGGGCUGGUUAAAGAACAAGCUAGCAUGAUACUGGAGUCAUUAGUUUGACUUUGGAUGCAUAUAAGACAUGGAACUUUUUGGUAUAGUUUUUUUUGCAGGGUUUUAAAACCUUGGGUGUUUUAGUUAAUCUAAGUAAUUGGUUCAUCUUUUUGAUGCUGUCAUUUGAUCUUUCAUGUUUUGAACAUGUGUAUUGAGAAUGUUUUGAACCUCAUUUUAGAAUAUUUUGUAUCUGUCUUAUUGACAGUAUUUCUGAUGUAUCUGUCUUAGUGACAGUAUUUCUAAUAUAUAUAUAUAUAUAUAUAUAUAUAUAUAUAUAUAUAUAUAUAUAUUAUUGAAGUUUAUAUCUUGCCUAUAGACUCAAAGCAGUUGCUCAAAUCUGACAUUGUGCUGGUUGAUCUGAUUCGUGUCGGUUCUAUUUUCUGUCAUUCUGACAUUGUGCUGCGGGAGUGUUCUUUCCAUGCAGGCGAGGUUCGGAGCGACUGCUGUAUCGACUGAGACCGGCUUUGAAAUUUGGUAUUUAUCAGUCAGUUUAGAUUGUGUCUUGUGCUGCAGCCCAAUAAAUGUUUGAGGAUUCAUAUUUUGACAUAUGGUUUGAAUAAAUGUUAAAAUCAAACUAUUGUGAGUUGGACCGUAUGAUAAGGGAGCAUAGUGUGUACUUGUAUUCAUUAUGGAAGGUUGAAUACAUUGCUCCUCAUAGGAUUAGAAAUUCUACUACUGGGAAAUGCUAUUUGUGACUCCCUUCACCUUUCUGAACUUCUACUACUGUUUCGAUAUAUUGCUCCUCAUAGGAUUAGAAAUUGGAGCAACUCCAUUCAUUAGUAUUUUCAGAGAUAUUCUCAGUGACACGAAAACAAUAGACGAACAAAUGAUGAAAGUCAUAAGGAGAAUAACUGCGGUGAUGAGAUUAGUUCGCCUGAGGCUGACGAAAGCAGACUGCCGUUGGAGUUAGCAAUUGUAGGACGCCAUAAUGUUGGUAAAUCAACCUUACCGAAUACUUUGUUGCAAGAAGACCGGGUUCUUGUGGGUCCUGAAGCUGGUACGUUUUGGUUUUGGACUUCUGGUAGUGUUGUUAGAGUUGGAAAGUGACAAUUGCUUUAUUGGUGUAGGUUCUCCAUAAUGUAUUGCUUUGUUUGUAUUGGAUUAGUAUGCUUCUGUUGAGCCUUGGUCAAAAUACAUGGAUAUGUCUGUUAGAUAUUGUGAUGUAUAUUUAGAGAUUAUAAUGACAACACUUGUGAAGAAAAUAAUCACUUUUCUCUUUUACAAAUUUGAAGAUCAUAAUUUACCAUUUUUACAAUUUAAGAAGAACUAGAGAAAAUUGUUGUGGUGAAUCUUCUACAAAAUAGAUCCAUCAUCUCUCUAAUCGGAAAUGUUCAGCAAUCACCGUUAAUUUUGGAGAAGGUUUUGUAUUAUUCUCUUAUUUGAAUUUAAUUCACAUUCUUCAUUUUUAGAUUAAAUUGCUUUUCGUAGCAUCAUAAUAUUUUAGUUGGUCACAUAAGAAAACCACUGAUUAAUGUUCUCUUACAGGCAUUUUGUAUUCUUCAAUGACUUGGUGUUACUGUUCAAAUCAUCUCUCAGGUACAUGCAUUUUGUGUUCUUCAAUGACUUGGUGUUACUGUUCAAAUCAUCUCUCAGGGUGCAUGUAAGUAUUUCUGCAUCAGCGAGAUUAUUGAUGGCAUGAAGGAUGCCAAGACAUUUGUGCUUAGCAACAUUUGAUAAGUAGGUGAUUUGGAGCUAGAUAUGAUAUGAAAGUAGCACCUAAACACGAUUCUUGAUGCAGUCGUCUCUAAAGCUUUUAAUGCUUUCAAGGCAGCUAAAAGAGCAAGGGAGUUGGUGAUAUCCAAUAGUGUAUUGAGAUCUUCAUCUCUUCCCCGGAAAAUCACUGAUUGUUCAUCAUCAAAUUCUGAAAAUUGUGGGCUGGGAGAGAUGAUGCCUUUGCAACUAUGGCAGACAACCAUGGAUCCAGAACAGCAGUUGUUGAAGAAGUUGACGGCUGAGGAUGCAGCUGAAGCAAAUAUUGUUUUUUCAUCCCUUAUGGGUGCUCGGGUGGAUGUUCGGAAGGAGCUGAUAUGAAAUGCUGCAAACAUGAUUGAUCUUGAUCAGUUAGAUAUUUGAUGAUGAUGCUACAUGGUAUGGAAGAAACAAAUUUUUUCCUUCUUAUUAACAACCAUACACUACAUCUUAGUCAAGCACAAAUUACUCUAUAUGUUCGCAGAAGAUAGAAAGUCUUUCUUAAUUGAAGCCUGGUGUGCCUGUUAUUUUUUGAAGCAUUUUUCACUGGCUAGAGUGGAGUGGUCAUUUGCACUUGUUGGGAAAGUUUUUAGAGGCGUGGUUGAAAUCUAAUUUGAUUUCUACAAAUAUGACAAAAGUGUGCAUUUUUCUGAUAUGACAUUGUGCUAAGUUUUGUGUAAUCUUAUUAAUACACUUUGAGAUGUUACAUUACACUCUUCAAAAGUUAUCAGCUACUGAACUGUAUUUGAUUGUGCCAUGUUAGAAGGUUAAGUUAUAGUGUAAUCAAUCAAAUGAACUUCAAUAA